AUAAAUAAGCUGUGUCGGUAUAUAUACAUAAGAGAUGUUUCAAAAGCCAAAGCCAGAUCAACAAAGUCUCGCUCUCACUCCCUCUCCGUCUCUCUCGUUUAGCUCUGUUCAAAAAAAGGUUCUUUGUUACCACACAUACACACAGAGCCUAUAUUACAGCAUAGCAUAAACAACCUAGUAAGAUGUCUAACUGGGCUGAUCUUCCACAUUUUAUCGUCUGUGAAAUAAUUUGUCGACUAUCUUUCUUUGAUGAUAUCUUCAUUGCUGGUGCUGUCUGCAAGUCAUGGAAAUCAGUCGUUAAUUCAUUUGAAAAACCACCUCCAUUACCUCCUAAAGGUCCUUGGAUUAUGCUCUCUGAAGAAAGAGAACAAGGCAAUAAAGAAAGUAAGACACGUAGCCUGUUCAACUUAUUAGAUACCAAGACUUACGAUUUCAAGUUGCCCGAGCUUGUUGGAAGAAAAUGCUUAGGAACAUCUUUUGGAUGGUUGCUCACUAUCGGCGCUGAUUUACAGAUUAAUCUCUUCCAUCCAUUGUCUAAACAUCUAAUAAGUCUUCCACCUCAAACUACCUUUCGCCGUCAAUACACACCUGAAGUUGAGCCUGAACAUCUUCGUAAUAUGUUUGUUCCUAAAUGUGUUUUAUCAAGGAGUCCAUGGAACUCAGUAACUAAUGAAUAUGAUCGUGAUUGCAUAAUCAUGGCAAUAUAUGGUGAAAUUAGAACAUUGGCCUUCACUAGACCAGGAUAUAAAGCUUGGAUUGAUAUAGAAUGUCCUUCUCGAGCUUAUGAUGACAUUACAUUCUACAAGGGAAACUUUUAUGCUGUAGACGGUCAUGGUGAAGUUUUUGCUUGUCGAAUUGAUGAUAGCCAAAAGGUAGUAGCUAAAGCAGUCGCGCCACGUCCAGAGGGAACCAGGGAUCUUAUCAAAAAGUAUAUUGUUGAAUCAGCUGGGGAUCUUUUGUUGGUUUUACGCGUACGAGGAGGUCAUUAUUAUUCUAUCGAAGACUACCCUAACUAUGAAGAAGAUGAAUUCAAUAAUGUAGACUUAGAAGAUGAUAUUGAGGAUGAGGACGCUCCUGAAAAUGAAUCCGAAGAAGAAGUAGAAGAAGAAGAAGAAGAAGAAGAAAAUAUCAAUGAUAAUUCCUAUGUGACCAUUGGGUUCACAGUUCUAAAAUUAAAAAGAUUUACACAAGCAGGAAGCAAAUAUAAAUACAAAUAUGAGAAGGUUGACAACUUGGGUGAUAGAGCAUUGUUUGUGGGUGACAACUCAUCAGUGUCUUUGUCUGCAUCAAGCCUCAAUGGAUGCAAAGCUAAUUGUAUCUAUUUUACAGAUGACAAUAUCGAACUUUAUGAGGAGACCUUAAAUGGAGGAGGGUACGACAUGGGUGUAUUUAACAUGAAAGAUGGAACACUUGAUAAGCAUUACCCAGAAUCCUUUUCCUACUAUUCUACCCCACUUUGGUUUAUUUAACGCAAAGCAUUUUUUGGUUUAAAAAAAAAAAAAAAAAAAAAAAAAAAAAAAUUCUUGUGAAAGUAGGUAAAAUUAUUGGUCUUUAGAUGUACUUGUAUUUUUUGAACUCAGAAGUUGUAAAAUUACAUAUAUGCAAUCCAUUUAUAGAAUAAUAAAUUUUCCAUUUUAAUU